ACUAUUUAAAUCUCUAAUGAACGACUUGACUCCAUGUCACUCAACUCUCACUGGUCUCAGGCUGCGUACACGAACAACAGUCUCGCUGAUACUUGGAUCAUUGGACAUAAACUCACCGAACACACGAGUAACUGUUCAAAAGAGCCGGGUUAUCUUUAUCUUUCAUCGACGGACUGCACAUUUGUUUGCGUGAGAAAGAAAUGAAAAAUUUAACUUUUUCUUUGUGGGUUGUCCUACUUUGUGCAAUUGCGCUCUUUGCGUCGGGAGUGGAAGACAACGAACUUUUCAAAGAUGAGGAGUUCAAAGUGCUCUACGACGAUGAGGCGAUCCAUGACCGGAUCACGUACAACAUGAGGAAGAGCCUGAAUCUCGACGUGGACGGCUGUGUCCUUCUGCCUGGUGAGAAGAGGAGUCUGCAGGAGUGUGGCUUCAACGUCACAGCCAAGACCUUCUUCAUCAUCCACGGCUGGACGACGAGUGGGAUGUUUGAGAGUUGGAUGCAGAAGCUGGUGGCGGCCAUGAUGCAGCGAGAACCGGAGUCCAACGUGGUCAUCGUUGAUUGGCUUCCCAUGGCCCACCAGCUCUACCCCGACGCGGUCAACAACACCCACCAAGUUGGCCUCAGUGUCGCCACCACCAUUAACUGGCUCCAGGAGGAACAGCAGCUGCCCUUGCAGAAUGUGCACCUGAUUGGCUACAGCUUGGGGGCCCAUGUGGCGGGCUACGCCGGAACAUCUGUGCGAGGGACUAUUGGCAGAAUCACGGGUCUAGACCCGGCAGGGCCCAUGUUUGAGGGGGUGGGAGAUGAUAAGCGCCUCUCAUCGGACGACGCCGACUUUGUGGACAUCCUGCAUACGUACACGCGCGAGGCCCUGGGAAUGAGCAUUGGGAUCCAGCAGCCCAUCGGAGACAUUGACAUCUACCCCAACGGUGGAGACGUGCAGCCAGGCUGCUCCCUGCGUGAGAUGCUUACCAGUACAGCUGGAGGAAGCUUCAUGGAUGUGAUUAAGUGUGAACACGAACGGGCUGUGCUCCUGUUUGUGGACUCGCUGAUGAACAACGAGUACACGAGCCUUGCCUACCAGUGCACCGACCCCGAACGCUUCAAGAAGGGCAUCUGCCUGAGCUGCCGCAAGAACCGCUGCAACAACAUUGGUUACAACACCAAGAAGAUGAGGAAGAGGAGCAACUGUAAGAUGUACCUGAAGACCCGUGCUGUCACACCCUUCAGAGGCAUCCAUUAUCAGAUGAAGAUGCAUGUGUUCAACAGAAAGCAGGCUGAUGAUGCUGAUCCAACCUUUCACGUCAAGCUGUAUGGAGCUCACAAUGACACCGAUGACCUGCAUGUAGACUUUCCAAACAAAGUGGGUCUGAACCUGACCAACACCUUCCUGGUCUUCACCGAGGACGACAUCGGGGAUCUGCUGAAGAUUCGUCUGAGCUGGGAGGGGGCCAACGAGUCGCUAGGGUCCAUCUGGAAGAACAUGAAGCAGUCCUUCUGGUCCUGGAACCGCACCGGCACGCCCAUCAACCAGGUGCUGGAGGUCCGUAGGAUCCGUGUCAAGUGUGGAGAAACUCAGAAGAAGUUCACAUUCUGUGCCCAGGACCCCUCAGUGACUGAGAUCUCUCCAGGACAGGUCAUCACGUAUGUUAAGUGUCGUGAUGGCUGGGAGGUCAAACCAAGUAAAAAAAGGUUGCAUAACUUAUAAGGAUUCAGCACUUCAUCAAUCAACGCACCAAUGGCAUGGGACCUAAAGUCGGAAGGCAUGUCUGUAAGGACCCGCCUUUACUUCAUCUGAGCACUUUGAUUGGAGGAGUGAUGAGCACACGUUGGGAGGCCUUGGACUUGGGAUGCACCUGGAUGUUUACUGGUGGUCACAUGACUCUGGGCUCUGGCCAAUGGGACGUCGGGAGGCUUCACGUGCCGUCUGUCAGGACCUGACAAUUCCCUGAGUUUUUCUUUGUACAGAGACUGUUCAACUCGGAAAAUAAACGGUUGUGUUAUCCAUCGGACAUUUUCCCCCAAC